CCCACCUUACCGGCCCUUCUCGACCGAUAUAUUCCGCCAGACCGUGACAAAGAGAGAGAGAGAGCACUCGCAGGAUUUCGGCUCACCGCUUUUUCUCCCCGUACGUUUCACGGGCUAAUUUUAAGUCGAAGGUGGCAUUUGUUUAAUUUUCGUUCUAUAGUUUCCAUUCUCCUCCUUUUUCUCUCUUUCUUUCUCUCUGUCUCUUUCUAAGUGUAUCGUGUUCACGUCGAAUUGGACGUUAGAGCGAGCGAGAGAGAUAGAGAGGAAGGAAUGGAUAAAGGUCAAGGUUGCCUCCUCUUGUCGUGACGCUCGUUACAUAGAAUACGAUUGUUCUCUAAUCGAUCGCGAUCCCGUAGGAGCCCCGGCGGAUUAUUUUCGGAAUUGUGUCGCGCAGUUUUCGAAAGAGAGAGAGAGAAAAUUCGCGUGGGAGGGUCGAGCCCGUCAUGUUUUUCCCUCUAUUUGUAGCGACGAACGAGCUCGAAUUUCGGCACCGCGCCACCGCCAGAAUCUCUUGCAAAAGAAACAAACAGAAUCAUGUACGUCGCGCGGAUUUCAUUAUUAUUGCGAGGUCGAAAUGAGAGAAGCAGCUCACAGCCCACCCCGGUUCGGAGAAGUAAUCUGAUAACGUCACGGGCCGUCAGAUCGAUACGCGAGGUCAAGUGCGUUUUCUGUUAGCGCGAAAUCGACUGAAAUUUCGAAUUCGCAGGCGCGUCUCGGACGGGCGCGAGAUGAACGACGACGGUUUACGUUACGGCGGAAACAUUUCCCGACAGAAAUUUCCGUAAGACUUUACGAACCCGAUUUUUCAUUCUCCGAUUAACUUGACGCUUAGACUUAAUCCGUCGAUAAUGUCAAAGUUGUUCCUCUAUUCAUGGUUAGUCGUUAAACCGACGAUGGUCUUGCAGUGACAACUUCUGAAGUUUGACGCUCAAUCGCGAAUAGAAAAACACAAUUUUCAUAUUAUCGUCAGGUUGAGCGUAAAUCGCAAGUUAAGCGAACAGACAGUGAAAAACCGGGCCUUGAAGACGUCUGAAAGAUAUCUGAAAAAAAAUUUGACUUUUGGACGCGUUUAAGACAUCUUUCGGAAAUGUCUGCCUUCAUUUUGCAACCGUUAGAAGUUUGCUGAGCCGAGAUCGGAUCUAUAGGAAUAAUUCGAUAUCGGCGCAGGAAAAUUUCCAGCGAUCGCGCGAUAAACGCGUUACCGGUGAGAACACGGCGAGAAAUGUCAUGGGAUAUCGAUUUCCCCGGGUCGCUUUCGCGUGUAAGUGUCGGCCGGGUUAGGUCCUUGGGCUUUAUUUCCUACCCCCUUUACGCGGAAGGGCAGUCUCACUCACACAUGCGCACACGAGGAUACACCCACACAGACGGGGGAGAAACGGUAUAUCGGUGACCCUUUAGUACUUUCCCUCGACGACGUUGAUACCGGGUGUCGCAAGGUUACGUCUGUUGUGUGCCCCGUUAACGAUAAGACCGUCACGGUGGCUGCGCGCCAUUCAGUGCGUUCUGUCAUUAAUGGCCGCGCCAUUAAUAUGUUUAUCGUCUAACGUAAUCACGGAACAGACGUACCGCGAGAUCUACCGCGUCUUCUACGAUUUCCCGAUUUUUCCUCGGCGCGUGUGACGUCACCGAUCCUCCCGGGCGAGUCGCAGGGGAACGACGCGUGGAAAUUGCCGAUAGAAUUUUUCGAGAGGAAUCGAGAGAACGUAGCCUAGCGGAUUGGAGGAUAGAGGAGGCGAGCGUGGAACAAAGCGCGCGGUAGAUACGCGCCACUCGGUAUACACGCGCCGUUCCUAACACCACGCGGGACGAACAGACGUUCCUGACCCUUCAGUCUCUUUCCUAUUGACACACGAGACACGCAUAAUAUACACGCACUCGGAACACGUAUACCCAACGGAGGAGGAGAAAGAGAGACCGAGAGAGAGAGGGGGAGAGAGAGAGAGAGAGAAAACCCUUCAAUGAACGGAAUGUACGUGAAUCGACACGCGAAGAGCUGCUCUUGGACAUAAUGUCUUCUGUCGCAUCGUCGGCUCUAAUGUCGCCUUUGAAUCGACAAUGUUGCAACGACGACGAUGAUGACGCCGUUGAGAACGUGACAACGAUGGUCCCUUCAACCACUGAUAAUGAUUUGGAAGAUGGAGAGAUCCCAUCAGACGAGGAUGAUGAGCCGGUCACCCACACUGCGAAUAAUGCACCGGAAGCAGCAAAACCAAUACCAAAACCAGAUAUUGUGAAGAGCAAAAGUUUCGAGCCGAAGUUCAGCAAGAACAAGAAGCAGCUUGCGCAAGCAGCUGGUAAACAUGACCGUUUCCUGAAAUACAAGUGUCCGACCGAAGAUUGGGCCGGAGAUGUUGAAAAGGCCAUCAAGGCUGCGAUGGAGGAGGACGGGGGGAGGAAUCAAGAAAUCAAGACGAAGAACAAGAACAACAGGAACAAGGCCAGGAAGAGAAUUCGUGAUGAGAGGGAAGAAGACCGUAGUAAAGAGCAAAAGAAGCGAAAAAUCAGCGAUGACGAGAACGGUAACGAGGACGAGGAUGAGAUGCUCUUCGUGCGAGGAGCCUCGCCCAUCAGGAAGGAUUCGCAAGAGAACAACUCCCCCAGACGUGCGAACGAGCACGACACUUUCGAGACUAUUCCAGAUUUCGAGGAGAGGCCUACCAUCAAUCGACACAGGGAGAAUGAAAGCAAACGCGGCACCGGGCGUGGAGGACGUCGCGGUGGUAAGAACGAGCGUGGCGGUAAGAACAAGACUCGUGGUCAAAUGCGAAACGACCGAAACGGCCGUCGACCGCAGAACAACGAUCAUGGACACGAGUCGGAGACGAUCUGCUUGUACUACAUGCAAGGAAAAUGUCACAGGGGGGACGACUGUCCGUUCUCGCACAACGCCUUGCCACCCAGGAAGAUGGAAUUAUGCAAGUUUUACCUGAUGGACUGCUGCGCUAAGCGGGAGAAGUGUCUCUACAUGCAUCAGGACUUUCCGUGCAAGUUCUUCCAUACUGGUUUAAAGUGUAAUCAGGGUGACAAUUGUAAAUUUUCGCAUCAGCCUUUGAGCGAUCAGGUGAAGGCGAUUCUGUUAAAACACUUGGAAAGUGCACCGAAGGAGAUUCUUGGGGAUUUCCCCAGGCUAAGCAGAGAGGGUGCAAUAUUAAUGAUAAAUAAUACUGCACGUUCUUUAGCUCAGGGGCAAGAUACGGCGAAUCAAAAGAUACCCAGUCUCUUUGAGUUAAAUUUAACAGCGCCUACGGACAAGAAUGACGAAAAAGAUGACAAAGAGGAGUCAAUGGGUCAACAAAAGGUCAAUAUGAGAGAGAGGAAACUCACCGGGAAGAGGACACGAUGGGGAUCGGACGAGGACAGAGUCCCUUAUGAACAAAUUAUGCUGCUACAGUCGGCGAACGAACUGUGUCUUCAGCUUCCAAAUGUUGCAUUGGGUCUAGCCACGCAGCAACAUAGCAACGCGCAAUUACAGCAGAAACAGAUGCAGUUGGCUGCGCCGCCUACAGAUUUUUACGCCGAAAUAAAUACGGAAUCAAACAAAAAUCUACACAAAACGAAAGAAGAUUUUACGAAGGACAUAGGAGAGGAUGAUAUAUUAGAUCAGCCGAAGAAAAAGACUCGCAACUCGGUGGACAAUUUGAAGGACAUCGAUUUGAGACAGAUGCUGAAGGCGAAGAAAGCAGCGCUUGUGUACAGCAUAGCCGACGAAGUGGCGAAUCUCACGAAAAAUAAAAUCGACGACGAGAGCGAUCAGGACGAAGAGUCGGACCUCGUUAUCGAGAUGCCAGCCGAGGAUGAUGACAAAGCCAAGCACGCUAUUAAUCAGCAAAGCGAGCAACCCAGCGACACGGCGGUUUUCUUGUCCGCGGACGAUCAGGAGGCGCCGCCGCACUUGCCGAAGAAGGCGCAGGAGCUGUUCAUGCGGAUACAGCAGCAGCAGCGCGCGGCCCAGGACAGUUUCAAGAACAUGGACAGCGACGCCGGCGGCGCGGGCCACACGGACCAAAUCAUGGAGGACUGGUAUUCGGACGAGGAGGACGACGACGACGACGACGACGAGAGCGGCAACCUCACCAUAGUCGACAGCAUGAAAGACGAGAUCGAGUCCGCCGAGAGGACUCAGAACAUCGUCAUCAAGGAGGACUUCCAGACAACGGCGCCCGCGACGCCGAGCGUCCCUCAACCGGCGGCCAUCGUGGACAAACUGGGAGACUUGAGCAAGAUCGACAUCAGCGCCGAAGUGUCGAAGCUGUUGUCGACGCUGAAAGCUCAGAGUUCCACGGGCGGCAAGACGCAGCCCUCCGCUCAAGACACGUCGAAGGUGAAGCAGGAACCCACUGGUGAAGCGUCGAGCCCGAGGGUCUCGCCGGACCCGGCGCCCGUCGCCCCCGUGUCCCGGGACCCGCGCAUGUCCAGGGAUCCCAGGCAACGCAGGGACGAACAGAAGCCGAGCAGUCCCAGCAUAUCCGACAGCAAGAGGGACUCGCAGAAGCACCUCAGGUUAGAGACCAGCAUCUACAGCAGCGGCAUCACGCCGAUGGACACGCACAUGGACACCGAUCUCAGGACGAAGACGGACCAGGACCUCAGGCGGCAGGACAUGGACUUCAGGCAACGCUUUCAGACCGGCUUCGGCGACACGGACUUACGGGUGGUGGGCGCCGGUUUCACCACCGACACCUCCACCGCCAAGUCCGACGUGGACCUGCGCCAGAUACUGAGCCUGCCGUUCAAGCCGGCGCCCUCGCACAUGCCCUGCACCGAGAUAGACGCGAGCAUCGCCUCGCACCCGCCGAUCGUCUACAAGGUCUACAUCGUCGACAUACCGCGGCCGGACUACACCGGUCUCAAGCUGACGAAGAACGACGCCCAGGUCAAGUACGAUCCCCGUUUGCGCAAGAUCUUCCGCAUCGGCAAGGUCGAGCUGGUGACCGACUCGCCGAUGUCGCCUCCGCCGGCGCCGCCGCCGACGGCUAUCGUCAAGCAGGAGACCCCGAAGUCGCCGCCGCAGAUCCGCUCGGAUCCGCGACGGAAGACGCUCGAGGCGGCCGCUUCCAGCCAGUCCGCUGCUGCGGCGAGCGUUAACUCCAUGAUGCCCAAGCAACAGCCGAUGGACAUGGGACCCAACAUGGGACUUGGGCCCGGUGGUAUGCCGGUGCCGCCCGGUAUGCCUGGCGGGCCGCCACCUAAUAUGAUGGGGCCGAUGGGGCCGAGCCAUCCGAUGGCCAUGGGCCCGAACAUGGGCCCGAUGAGGCCGAUGAUGAACGCGCCGAUGCCGCCGCAGAACAUGCCGCCCAUGGGCAUGCCACCGUCGAUGGGCAUGAACGGCCCGCCGAUGCCGAUGCCGCAAGGAGGCCAGAUGAACUACGACCCGCGCUUCAACGUCCAGCGGAACAACGGGGUCGGCCUUCUGGGCCCCGGACCCAACACCUUCGGGCCGGACAAUUCCUACGAGGGCGGCGCGCCGCCGCCGUAUCCCGGCGGUAACUUCAACAACUUCGGCGGCGGUAACGGCGGCGGACCCGGCGGUCCCGGCGGUCCCGGUGAUGCCAGCAUGAUGGGCUUCAAUCCGAACGCCUCGAACCCGCCGAAUUUCAUGGGCGACGGCGCCGAGUGGGGCCCCGGGAACGGGAACCGGCGCGGCGGCCGUAUCCGCCGGCGGAACCGCAACAGGACCAACAUGGUGGCUAAUAACUGAGAGGAAGCUUCCAAGGAACAGCUGCCAACUGUGGGUACAACUACCGUGUAGACUGAGUACCUGAGACGAGCGAUUCUCUCCGAUCCCGUUUGCGGUGUACCGCCAUUCGGAGUCCCUUAUUCACGACGACGAGUUGUCGAGCGGCGGUGGUUGAUCAAUCAGGCUGUCGUCGUCGUGUAUGCAGGAGUGUAUGAGUGUGUGCGUGUGUAUGUGGGAGUGUGCAUGAGAGAAAGACAGAGAGAGUUCUUUAUUAGGACGCGACGACAGAAGGGAAUCGCACGCGUCCUGGUGUAAUGCUCAUUUGUGUACGCGCGAUUUCCUCUCCACUUUGGACUUACUUAAAGGAAGAAGAAAAAUGAAAACCCGUACGUUACUUACGACACCUUCGUUGAACAGACUAAUAGCUGUGUAAGGUUGCAUAAUUCUCAACAACGCUUAGCUAGGAUAAUUCAUAAUAUACAUAUAUAUGAGUAAUGUAAUGUAAGAGAUAUUUAUACAUAGCAAUGAAAUAUGUAUACCCUAGUAAAUUCGGAAAAAAGACAAGACUCGGGACUGCAUUCGUGGUCCGAGCUCUGCGUUCAGGAUUAUCGGAAGUUAUCUUGACACUUCGGAAACCGGUUGACACACACCAAUUUAUUUCCCUUGUAACCAACUCUUUUGCGGAUAGAAACCGGUCCUCGGAAUGUUGAAAUGUUGCGAGGGAUCGUUUCGUUGUUAUUUGCGCGUCUCAAGAUUAAUUUGAGGCGAUUUCGGAUGUAAGGUCAGAUUACGAGUACACAGCCCGGCAUAUAACAGCCUUAACGUAUUAUACAACUAGGUAUUAGGAUAUUCUAAUCUUAUUGAUUGUUAAUUGGUUAUCGAUUUGUUAUUUAUUAAUUAUUCGGGGAGGAGCGCUGCAUUAUGGCAAUACGUUAUAGUGACGGCUUUAUGUUAACGCCCGGGAACAAAUGUGCGCGGUUACGCAGAGUAUUGGCCGUACACAUUCGUUGCAAUUAGUAACCUAUAUAGAUAUAUAUAGUGCUUGUUAAGACUAUUAUGCCGGUCUGCGUACGCAUACACACGCAAGUGCACGCUGAUUUUGUUCAUCAUUUCGAGGUUUUACACAAAACCACGUGAGAUGAUUAUUUACGGAAAAACAAAUUAACUCAAUAUCAACUGCAACGCUUGUAGGCUAUCUUAUUUGCAAUGGUACUAUCAAAUAUAUCACUAACAACGUAUUUCAGAAAAGUUUCUCGAAUAGUGGUUACUUAGGCUGCGUCCCGAAGCUCACUGCCAGUACGAAAAAUCUAUAGUUUAUGUUGCGUAUAUUACAGAUUUUCAGUAAUGACAGUGAAUCUCGGAACUAUAGUCAUAAUUUUAAAAGGUAUAUAAAAUGGAUGACCUCUAUUUGAUCGUGAGACUUCUUACGAUCAGAUAUAGGUCACCGCCUUACGUACAUUUUGAAACCAAGUGACUUUUGUCCGAGAAACUGGUUUUCUGAAAUGCGUUGUUCGUAAAAUAUUUUUUAGUACUGUUAUAAACAAGAUAUCUUGCAUAUAAGCGCUGCAGCUGAUAUAUCGAGCUAAUUUUUUCACAACAAAAUCGGCGUGCAUCACUUGGUGAAGAUUACUUGUUAGCAUGUAAAUCGCGCGCAAAUCAAUCAAUCAGUCAGUCAGUCGGUCGGUCGGUCGAUUGAUGAAACGAUGGCAGGUGAUAGCGAUUGCAUUGAUGAGUUCUGUUGUCUUCCACACGUAGCACGCGACACACGGACGAAGCAAUGUGCGAAGGAACAUGCGCGGCAUGCGAGGCACGUGUUGUGUGUCUCUCUUUAUGAUUCACGUUCAAGCAAUCCGAUCGGCACGUGCGUGUCGGUCAGUCGGCGUCGGGAUGGUGGGCUCCGAUGAGACACGAGAUGCUUCAUCUCGCGAGCAACGUGAUUUUGUUUUCAUGUAUGACACGUUAACUUAUACCAAGAACUGAAUCAUUGUUUUAAGAGAGAUCAUUUUCACAGUAUACCGUAUGCUUGUUUUAAUUAAGAAUAAAAAAAAAAGGAAUCAUGUACCGUAGCAAUAUAUUCUCACGAUAUCGCAUUAACCGAUACUUCGCAACGUUGGAUUUAAGAAAUCAGAAAUAUCACGUGGCAGAAGUAAUCAUUUAAUGGGCCAAUUAAUAACGAUGACACGAUGAUUUGUUAUUCGUUUGGAAGAACGAAUACGUUCAGUAUAUUUAACAUUCUAAUUACUGUUACAGUCGAUCCCUUUUUAUCUACUACAACCUUUUCAUUUAUUUAUUUUAUUUGAUUUGCAUACGUACACAACUUUUCGGACGCCGACUACACGCGAUCUAUAUACCUACCGUGGCGGCAGCGUGUACAGAUCGCGAGGUCACAACGAUGUAGACUAACGUAAAAUGCAAUAUUUUGUAAGGAAAAAAAAAAAGAAAAAAUUGAAGAGAGAAAUUCGAACCAAUCUACAGUUAUUUCACGAAAAAUACUUUUCUACUCGCCUUCUACGAACGUACAUAUGAGGGCGCGAGUUCCGUUGCUUUGAGACUCCCAAUUUUCACGAAAUUAACACAAAGUGAUUAUCAAGCGACUCAAAGCAACACACAACUCGGUGCUCUCGUUUACCACCAGUAUAAAAUUGCCCUCCAAACAAUUGCCCGACUAAUCUUUCUUGGUGUGGUACAUAGCGUUAUGUAUCCUACUGUAAUACUCGGCAGCAAGCCAGAUUUUUAAACUUAUAUGAGAUACAUAUGCAUAUUUCCAUAAGGAUAAAUCUAAAUAUAUAUAUACAGGAUUAUUUCGUUAUUAGAAUAUUAAUCCAUAAUGCAAUUAUAUAUCGUUCCCAUCAUUCACUUAUUAAUAUUAUUACUGCUGUAGCAUGAUAGAGUGAAGUUAUAUUUGUAUAAAGCGAAGUUCACUAUAUCAUAUAAGAUUUUUGUACAGAUGAGAUUUGCCGAUUCCAAUGUUCUCGGUACUUUGUCUCAAUGAUGUAAAUACCACUGUAUUAGUUCUGUGCACUUUUUAAAAUACAAUUAUAUAAGAA